AGAAACGAAAACACAACCUGUCAUAUGUGUUUUCACAGUUUCAGCGCUAUUCUCAUGUUUACGCGCAGAUCCCUCUGUGUAGACCUGCAGUCUGACAUCAUUAGAAGACAAACUGAGCAGCAGCAUGGCUCACUCUUCUAGUCUACCGUUGACUUUCUUAUUAAUUCUUGUGUGUCAUAUUGUGGAGCAGGUGAAUGGAGUUUGGCCACUGCCUCAACAGAGAGAUGUGUCCGCAGACAGAUACAUUUUGAGUCCAAAGUCAUUCUCUUUUACAUAUGAAAAGGACUCGGCUGCUCAGAGUGGAUGCUUUAUCCUGGAUGCUGCUUUCAAAAGAUACUUCUCCAUCAUAUUUCCGGACUUCAAUGACGGACCCGCAUUAAGGCGUUAUCAUGUGUGGUUGGAGCCAGAACCCUUCAUUGUUUCAGUGAGUGUCAAAACCAGAGGAUGUGACGGCUACCCAGAUGAAGAUUCAGAUGAGAGCUAUAACCUGAGUGUGUCUGAAGGCCAAGCUGUGCUGACAUCAGUGUCAGUGUGGGGUGCUUUGAGAGGUCUUGAGUCCCUCAGUCAGCUAGUGUACCAGGAUGAUGAUGACGCUUAUUUUAUCAACAAGACAGAGAUCGUGGACUUCCCGCGUUUUGCAUUCAGAGGGCUUUUGCUGGACACUUCAAGGCAUUAUUUACCUCUGCAUGCCAUUCUGAAGACCCUGGAUGCCAUGGCUUACAGUAAAUUCAACGUCUUUCACUGGCACAUCGUGGAUGACCCCUCUUUUCCAUAUCAGAGUCGCACCUUUCCUGACCUCAGCAAUAAGGGAGCCUUUCAUCCAUUUACUCAUAUCUACACCCAGUCAGAUGUGAUGAGAGUGAUUGAACAUGCUAGAAUGAGGGGUAUUAGAGUCGUACCUGAGUUUGACUCACCUGGACACACUCAGUCAUGGGGAAGAGGACAGCCUGACCUGUUGACACCUUGUUACAAGGGAAGUACCCCCUCUGGGUCCUUUGGACCUGUUAAUCCAAUCCUAGACACCACUUAUAAGUUUAUGGAGCACCUCUUCAAAGAGGUGAAAUCUGUAUUUCCCGACUCUUACGUUCACAUAGGAGGGGAUGAGGUCAGUUUUAGCUGCUGGCAGUCAAAUCCCGAUGUGAGAACAUUUAUGGAAAACAUGGGCUUUGGGAAGGAUUUUACCAAACUGGAAUCGUUCUAUAUGGAGAGUAUAAUGAACAUGACCGCUGCUCUCAACAAAACCUCCAUUGUGUGGCAGGAUGUGUUUGACUACCAUGAGAGAAUUCCACAGGACACGGUGCUGGAGAUUUGGAAGGGCACUACUGAAAAAUACUAUGCUGAAAUGAGCAGGAUGACCAAGGCUGGGCACAGGGUUCUGCUCUCUGCCCCCUGGUACAUCAACCACAUCAGUUAUGGACAGGACUGGCGUGAUUCGUACGCAGUGAGGCCCCAAAAUUUCUCAGGCACAGAGGAGCAAAAGAAGUUGGUGAUUGGUGGAGAGGUCGCCAUGUGGGGCGAAUAUGUCGAUGCCACCAAUCUGAACCCUCGUUUGUGGCCGAGAGCUUGUGCAGCAGCCGAAAGGUUGUGGAGUAAUGAAGAGAAAACACUAGAUGCAGAUCUGGCCUUCCCUCGACUGGAAGAAUUCCGAUGCAAACUUCUGAGACGGGGUAUUCAGGCGGAGCCUCUGUUUGUUGGUCAUUGUAAGCAUGAGUAUAAUGACCUGUAGAGGUGCAAUGGAGGUGAAGAGGGCCAUUUUUGUGCACUGGACGUACUGUGUUUGAAUUUGCACAAUAUUUUAAUAAGGUUUUUUUGCUAACAAAUAUUUUCUAUCAUCAUAUAAACUGACUAUCCAACAAAUGUGAAGUUUAUUAAUAAAAGAUCAAUGCAAGAACACUGGUAUCACUAAAGGAAAUACUAAAAUAACAAUAUCCCGAAUACAUUGGCCCCCAAAAAUAUUUGGACACUGAAGCCACACUAAAAAAAAUGGUCGAAUGACAUCGCAUUCAGUCAGCAAAUAUCUAAACCAAGGGGCACUUAUUUUAUAAAACAAUUGUACGUACCUUUAAAUACAAAGUGUUUGCUAUGUAAUGCAAUGACAUUUAGACGUUUUUAAGUUUGGCUUAAUUGUCCAAAUGCUUUUUUAGGAGCGCUGUAUAUGAUACUUGAGAUGUCACUUUAAUGGGGAAUCAUUUGGCAGUGCAUAAUCAUAGUUCCAAAAGUUCAAAAUUCAAAUUCACAACUUAAAUGGUUGAUUUUAUAAUUUGAUUAGCAAAUAAUGACUUCCUAUUAAAACUUUAGUGAAUACAAAUGGACCUGAUGUGUAGUGAACGGUGCCAGCAUCGGGUAAAUGGCUGAUGUAAAGUAGCUACACAUUUAAUGAAUCACCGCCACUACAACACCAAUCCCAUCUCACCAUCCACACAGAAGCAGAUCCUAUUAACUCUGAUGGGGUUUACACAUGAGGUAAAGUAGGACACUGAGAGGUGUGAAAAGCCAAAACUAUUAGCUGCUAUUCAUACAGACAUGGUUAAGAUAACAGCUUUUGGAUUGCGUGUGGUGUUAUGUUUCUGGUCACUCUUUUAAAUAAAGCAGAAUUUGUUAAUAUUAGUCAACGCAUUAGUUAUCAUGAAUUAACUAUUAUCAAUAUAUUUUUACCAACUGUAUUAAUCUUGGCUAUUUUAGAUGUAUUUAUAUAUUUAUAUUAAUACAAAACAUUUAUAAAAAUAUGUAUAAAAUGCAAUAGUUCAUUAUUAGUUAAUGUUAUUUCAUAACGCAUACACUAAUAUUAGCACAUACAUGUAGUAUAUGUUAAAAUGAACAUUAACCAAGAUUAAUAAGUACUGAAAAGUAUUGUUUAUUGUUAGUUUAUUUUAAGGAAUGUAUUUAACUAAUGUUAACAGCUACAACUUUAUUGUAAAGUAUCUUGUUGUUUUUCUUUAAAAAUGAAUAAUGGUUCAACUAUUUGUACAAAAUAUCUGUGCAUCUACAAGUGCAAAGCAUUUUGGAAUUAAAAUACAUAUCUGUACAGUAUAUGGUAAAGUUAACAUUAAUAAACAUUACUAAAUGCUGUAAAGGUGCUGUUCAUUGUUAGUUAAUGUUAACUAAUGCUAACAAAAACAACCUUAUAGUAAAAUAUGACCACAUUUUUAAAUAAAAUUGUACUGUACUGUAAAAUAUAAGUAUCAUACGUGCCUACCAGGCAUACAUUUUUUUAAUUAUUAUGUAUUUCUUGUUUGUUUAAAGCCAAACUAUUAUGUAUUACACAUAUUUAGCAUCUGAAUAUUUUAAGUUUUAAAAGUUUAACAUUUCUGCAAUAGCUGUCAUUAUUGUGUCAUCUUAAUUUUUCUUCUUAGUUUUCUUUGUUUAUCGUGUUGAUCCCAAUUUGAUGAUUCAGCAGCAAUUCCCAGUUGCCCACAAUAAAUAAGCCUCCCUCUCCCUUGCUCAGCACUAACAUGGACUUUUAACUUAAGUCCUCAUAAUGUUUAAGUUACUUGCCAAAAUGAGUUUAGAUGCCUUUGAUAUCUACUUAGACAAUUGAUUUUCUCAUUGACGGGAUUAUGCUGCCGCUAGCAGAUGGCAGGGAUUGGCUAAUCCCAGAAGGCAAUGAUGCCGCCCCAUUCCCACCUGCCCUUUUCUGGUUCCUUACACUCCUGCCUUCAUGCCCAGCCUAAUAUAGGAGGCACGUUGUUGGGGAAUUGACCCCAAUAUGACCUUUAGUUUGUUUAUCGAUGUGUACGUGAGGCAGGGCCAAGACAUGGAAAAGGGGACCUUGGAGGACCCUGAAUGGCCCAUAUGGCGUUCCAUAUUUUAGGAUAUUGUACCUGUUUCUGCAGUAAACAGCUAAUUUUGGGCAUAUCUCAUACCUGUUAUUGAAUUGGAUGAAUUAGAUAUUACCUAAGCCUAUUUAUUUAUAUAUUCAUUUCAAUUCAUAGGUUAAAAAUACCCACUUAUUUAAACCAUACACAGCCUAAGACGUUUCCCGCCAAAUCGAUUCUCACUUGGCAAGCGACUUGCAAUUUCUCUGACGGUUAACGUAGACUCAGAGAUCUAGUUAAUGAUCUUAUUAGUUAAUUAGCGAUUAAACUAUGCGUGUUGUUUUGUGCCAAGUCUUUCUCAGUAGCCCAUUCAUACAAGUUCAGCAUAACCACAGGCAACAUAUGGCACCUUGUGUCUAUUAAUGUGUUUAAUCCACAACACAAAGAUUAAUCACGAUGAGUCAUAGGUUUAUAAAUCUUUGGCUUCCUUUUUCUGAAUAUGGUAAAUAGUCCUAAUUAGAUUUUGGAGUUUAUUAAAUAUUACUUUUGUGAUUAGAGUGUAUUGUUGGCAUAAACAUGCUAUAAUCCACAUUGUAAAACAGACAUCAGUUACAUAGUUUCACUCAGUUCACUUAGAGGGAGCAACUCUAAAAAUGUUAAAGUGUGACACAUUUAACAUAAUUUAUGUUUCUUUGUAGCUUUAAAACUUCUGAUGUCCAACCCUGCAUAAAUAAAUAAAUAUUAA